UUACCAAUAUUAUCUGUGAAAAGGAUUGUUGUGAGUCAGUCUGCCCAUCGGCGUUUUACAUUUUCUUGGGAAUUCCGCCGUUUAGUGUUUUUGAAGAUUAAUGCAAAGCAUGAAAAAUGGCAAUAAAUUUAGAAAAACAUAAACAAGACCUCAUUGCGGCGUGGAAAGAUGUUUUGGAUGAGAAAACAGAGACGAAUUGGGCAUUAUUUGGCUAUGAUGGCAUGUCAAAUGACCUAAAAUAUGUCAGCAAAGGUGACGGUGGCCUUACAGAACUCAUUGAUGACUUUAACAGUGGGAAAAUACAAUACGCAUUUUUAAAAGUCGACCUUCCCGACGGUAGCAUAUCUAAAUAUGUUCUUAUCAACUGGCAGGGCGAAGGUGCUCCAACAGUCCGUAAAGGUACCUGCGCGAACCACAUCAAACACAUAGCUCAGUUCUUCACCGGUUUCCACUUGACGAUGCACGCGAGGACCGAGGAUGAUCUAGAAGAAAGAAUCAUUUUAGAGAAGCUCGCUAAAGCUGGAUCGGCGUUUAACUUUAAGUCUAGCAGACAUGAGGAGUUACCACCGAGCGGGCCGGUCGGCACGGCAUACCAUAAAGUUAAUCCAGUUCAAGAAAUAAAUUCCAAAGAGAGGGACCAGUUUUGGUUAAAAGAAGAACAAGAGGAGAAGAAGCGAGUUGAAGCUGAAAGGAAAAGAAGGGAAGAGGAAAAGAAGAAAUCUGAAGAAGACGUCAAAAGACGGGACGCUUUAGAGGCGGCCAAGAGAGCUACUGCUGAACAACAAAAGGCGGGCGCGGGCGGGGCGGGCGGCGCGGGAGGCGCGGGCGCGGCGGGCGCGGAGGCGCUGCGCCGCCAGCGCUCGGCGGAGGCGCGGCUGCUCAUCGGAGCCUCCACCGCCGCCGCGCGGAAGCUGUUCCAGCAGAACCUGGCGCAGGGACAGAUCACCACCAGAUCCAAUUCGAUACCAGAGAAACCGGUGCGCAGUUCGGUUAUAGCGCAGCGAAUAAACACGUUCUCCCAGAACACAUCACAACCGGCUUCCCCGAGUCAUCUCAAAUCCCUCCCCGCACCGGUGACCACCGAUCCCGUAGUUCCUACGUCGAUACCCAUCGAAGCCCCCAAUAAGGCUGUCCCCAUGACCGAAGAGGAGACGAUUCAGGCUCUCCUCGCCGAGGAGCCCCAGGAUCAACUUAAAACGAGUCCACUGAAAAAUAUAGACAAAAUAAAAAUGAGUCUCGAGAGCCCGUCCCAGAUACAAUACGAGCCAAUAAUUGAUCCGGCGGAUCUGAGCCCGAGCACGGAGAACGAGGCGGGUUCGUUCAGCGCUAUCGGGUACUCGGAAUACCAAGAGAACUGCAAAGAUACGGGCCUGAAGCAGAGCGAGCCGAUGAUUAAACAGAACAUUCUAGAAAACGACAUGUUCGAUGCGUCGUACUCGAGUUCCAACGAGAAUGACGACGACGAUAGCGAUAAUAAGUUCAGUACGAUAAAGCGGUCGCCGUACAGCAAGAAUACAGACGAGCGGGAGCUCAGUCGACAGAAUACGGUCAUCGAGAAUGUCAACUACAAGAAGGAGAAUGGAACUACAACGCUAGACGAUGUCUCUCCUGAGGGUAUGGAAGAGGAGAGCACCAUAUAUGAGGAUUUGGAUGACGAUCCCGGACUUACUGCGCGGGCCCUCUACGACUAUCAAGCAGCGGACGAGUCCGAGAUAACGUUCGACCCGGGCGACAUCAUCACCCACAUCGAGCAGAUCGACGCCGGCUGGUGGCAGGGGCUCGGCCCGCACGGGGUGUUCGGCCUGUUCCCCGCCAACUACGUCGAGCUGCUGCCCUGCCAUCCGCGCUAACUGAACCGGACCGACACUUCGAUUGAGAUCCUUUCGCCUCGGCUGUGUGCAGGCCCGCCUUCGUAUCAACGAUUCUACCGUCAAACAUGAGUACUUUUAUUUCUCAUGUACUCGUUUCAAGGAUGAGUGCGUGAGUUUAUUGCAGUAACUCGAGAUAUCACAUCUAUGAUACUAAUGUUGGUCAUCACGUAGCCAAUUUACUCUAGUGACUUCAAAACUUUUAAAAAGGUAGACCAGAUGGGAGCCCUUAUUCUAACCAAACGAUCAAACGGGUCGAAUUUUUCAAUAAAUAAUUUGAACCAAUGAAAGUCGAAAGGUUUUUGAUUGAAAAUCCGUUCAGAUGAUUCAAGUCGCUUUUAUGGCAGUUAUUAGAUCGCAGAUUCCGUAGAUGAUCGAAUUAACCCGCUAUUAAUAUAUAAGAUAAAAUCGAACAAAUAGAGUUCACUUUUUUUUUGUCAUGUGUAACGGCAAAAAUGUGACAGAUUUUUAUUAUGAAUUGAAUAAUUAGUUAUUUCUGUAUUUUUAACGCUCAUUAUGUACUGACGACAGUUUGAGAGAUAUUCGGCCUAAGGAUAGACCGUCUCCGCCGGAAUCGUAUCGCUUUGUGCUUAUUAGCUACGAAUAAUCUUUUUAUAGUAGACGUUUUUAUUUAAUAAUAACUAUUAAUUGAUCUCUUUUGGAUUAUCGUUCGUUUAUUGUUCUAUGCUUAAUAUUGCAUUUAUACACUUACUUAUAUUAAUGUUAGUCAUUCUUAAAUGCAUUUUUAUUAAUUUACACAUUUAAAUAUUUAAUUAAUAUUUAUCUUAAAUGUUUUUGAAAGUCUUGAAGUGCAUCUUAGAGCGUUUUUAACAGUCGUUAAAAAUGAUAAGCUUGACUUUAUUAAAGUUACUGUUUCUCGUUUUAAUGAGUUGUGAAUUUAAUUUUACAUUAUUGUAAGUUAUGAAAUUAGUGAUUGAAAAUUUUAGUUAGUCGUUUAAAAGUAUUAUUUAUUCA